AGUGCCAGUGUAUCUCCCUUCCACACUAGCCAACCGCAUGCUUUGAAAGGGAAAAGCUGGAAAGCUGUAGAGGCCCUCCAUAUCUCAUCAUUGCUUACUACUGAAAAAGGGUUAAUAACUCAGGGCUCUUCCCCCCUGUGGGGUGGGGAGGAAGGGGAAGUUCCUUACUCCAGCAUGUUCCUGUUGUAACAAGCAGACUCCGAGUGUAGAGUUUGCUUUAAAUGAAAAGCUUCCUGCUGAGGACUCCUUCAACAGAAUAAUUUCUUCAGUGUGGCGGGUUGAAAAUGGAGAAGAGCUAUAAAGAACCCUCCUCGUUUGUUGAUUAUUUUUUAUUGAAAAAGCGGAAGUAGCUCAGGGCUCUGUUGUGAAUGAAGUAGGAACUUCUUUCCUCCAGCUGCAGACACAGAGCAGUAGAGUUUGCUUUAAGCUCACAGCUUCCUGUGAAAGCCUCUGAAAAUAUAAUUUCUUUGGUGCUAUUGAUUGAAAACCAACUAUAUUUGAAAAGCAGUGAAUUCCUUGUAGAAAAAGCAGCAAAGAAUCCUGUGGCACUUUAUAGACCAACAGAUGUUUUUGAGCAUGAGCUUUCGUGGGUGAAUGCCCACUUCGUCUGAUCCUUGUAGAAAAGGUGUUUCCUGAGUUACGGAAGAUUUUUACCCUACUAGAAUCUCUCUGUUCCACAGUGUCUAGAAACCACCAAGAAAAAUCUUCCUCAACCCAGAGACUCAGCGACAGAAGAACUGUCGGAGUUCAUAGCCGGAGAAAGAAAACUAUCUCACUUUGUGUGAUCGGAAGAGAAGGGAUUUCUGAGAUGAUGGAGCCACUGUCCAGCUCAAGGUCACAGAGGUUCCAUCACCCAGGACCACAACUGAGCUGUGACCUCAGAGAGAAGCUGCAGUAUUCACGGCAACUAGAUCUUCCUGCACCUUAUUUGUUUGUUCCUUAUGCUAAGGAGAAUGAAGGAGACCAGGAUAUAGUGGCCUCGCUCUGUAGGUUUGGCUUUAUGAUGCCAGUGACGUUUGAGGAGGUGGCCGUGUACUUCUCUGAAGACGAAUGGGCUCUUUUGGAUGAAAAGCAGAAGGAACUCUACAGAGAUGUCAUGCAGGAGAAUUACGAGACUCUCCUCUCGUUGGCAGGAUUUCCAAUCGCUAAACCAGAUGUGCUGUCCCAGAUGGAGCGAGAGGAAGAGCCAUGGUUCUCAGAUCUCCAGCGCUCUGAGGAAAGGAAGAAUGCAGGAGGCUGUAGCACUGGUGCUGGGACGGUGUGUGAGAAGGAGGGAAAAGCCCAGAAAGUAUCUACAGGAGCAGAACCACAAAGAGUGUUCUCAGGGAGACACUGUUGCCUUGAGUGGGGAGAUGCCAGUGAGAAUCGGUGCAGGACAGAGAGGCUCUGGGAAGACUCUCCAGGCAGGAGUAAAUCCCCUCAUAGCAAAAGAAGUUUAGAGAAAUCCAAAGACACCAGCACUCCCCAGACAGCCUGCACGAGGGAGAGCCCAAACACAGGUACUGAACCUGGCGAAAGUUUCAAUAAAUGCUUGCUCCUCGUUCAGCAUUGUCAGCAAACUUGUGCAGGAAAGGGUGCCUACAAGUGUAAUGAAUGUGGCCAAAGCUUUUCUCAACAACAGUGCCUUCAGAUACAUCUGAGAAGUCACACAGGGGACAGACCCUAUAAAUGUAAUGAAUGUGGGAAAAGCUUCAGACACAAGACAAGCCUUGUUCUUCAUCGUUAUGCAGUCCAGAAAUUGGAGAGACCCCAUAAGAGUCCAGACUGUGGUCAGGAAUUUAUCCUGAGAAAGAGACUUAUUGAGCAUCAGAGAAUCCACAACAAAGAGAUGCACAGAGGGAUUGUGAGUGAGAACAAGGAUGAGCAUCCUCAACAGAAAAAGCCAGUGGGAGCGAAGCCUCAUGAGGCAUCUCAGAGAUGUGAAUGGGCAGAUGCUGGUAAGAGUCGGGGAAGGAGAGGACCGCAGCCAGCUUACCUGGCAGGGGGGAAAGACAGUGAAUCUGCUGUAUGCGAAGGAAGUUCUAAGAAAUUGAACCGCACCAUUGCCUACCAGGAAACCAAGGUGGGAGCACAACUGAACACACAAAGUAAAAGUAAGAGAAGCUUUAGCAGCAGCUCAGCCCUUGAUCUGCAUCAGAAAACCCACUGGGAUGAGAAACGUUACAGCUGUGCUGAGUGUGGGAAAAGCUACCGCCAGAACUCACACCUCCGAAGGCAUCAAAAAAGCCACACGGGAGAGAAACCUUAUGUAUGUGCUGACUGUGGGAGUAGCUUUGGACGGAAGUCGACACUCAGUAAACACCUACGGAUGCACAAAGAGGAGAAACCCUAUAGCUGCACUGACUGUGGGAAGAGCUUCAGAGAGAGCUCGUACCUUGCUCUGCAUAAGAGAAUCCACACAGGAGAGAAACCCUACCAGUGUCCUGACUGUGACAAAAGCUUUAGACUGAAAGGAGACCUUUCCACUCACUGUAGAACCCACACGGGGGAAAAACCUCAUAAAUGCACUGAAUGUGGGCAAGGCUUCAGGCAGAGAUCAACUCUGACCAAGCACCUGAGGACCCAUACUGGGGAGAGGCCCUAUAAAUGUCCUCACUGUGAAAAAAGCUUUCGUCAGAAGUUCUCUCUUUCCCAGCAUCGGUUAAUGCAUCACGAAGCGAGACGUCACAGAUGCACUGAAUGUGGGAAAAGCUUCCAUGAGAAGUUCACCCCUACCCAACAACAGUCAGCGCACCAGGGAGAGAGACCUCACAAAUGUUCUGAAUGUGGGGAAAGCGUCAAUCAAACUCAAAAGCUUGUUAUACCUUGGUAAACCUCCAUGUGGAAAAGAAACCCAAUUCAGCAAGUGUAACUUCAGAUUACGUUAGCUCUAGCAGUGCAACGGGGACUCCACGUGUGAUAUAAAACAGUGGUGUGGUGCUUUCUUAGGUUGGCGAGGGAUACUUAAGUACAAGGUGGGAGAAGUAUGGGCGGGAAGUAUUGGCUUAUUUAUGAUGGCAGAUACAAGAUUCAGGAGGGGAAAGGAGCUGGUGAAGGUAGGAACAGAUCCUUUGGCAGGGGUGGGGGGAUUUGUGGGAAUUGCAAAUUAAUGGAGUUGAAUUUUGUGGGAGACUGAUCAUAAGGGCACAGUGGCAGGAGCCAAGAGCAGAGAGUGCCUGGUAAUGGAGAUAUGGGUCAUUUAAUAACUGGGAUGUUGCAGGAAGAGGAAUAUUUGCAGUACGUCUCAGAGCCCAGGUCAGCGGACUUGGGCUCGCUCUACAGUGUUAACAAUAGCUGUGAGAUGUUCCAGCACGGGCUGGAGCUUGGGCUCAGUCAGUCUCAGCGCCCGGGUGGACACACUUGGGCUUGCAGAGCUCACACUGUGGUGCUAAAAAUAGCUGUGAGACCUGGCUAAUCAGCCUAGAGUCCCAGCCCGAGCUGCAGUGUCUACACAGCUCUUUUUAGCACAGUAAUUCAAGGUCAAGUCUGUUGACCCACACUCUGAGACUUGCUGCUGCAGGCUGCCCCUCGCUGUGUAGAGUAGACAUACCCUUGCUGGCUAGUAGCACUAUUGACUAAAAAUAAACUCACUUUCAUAAAAUAUAUGGUUUCCAGGAGGAGUCCAGGGGGAGCCAACAGGGGAGGUAGGCUGCCUGAGCUCCAAACUCCUUGCGCCUCGCUAAACCCCGCAGAAUCUGUUCAAAACAACAGCAAUCCUACUACGAAUGUAGUUAAUUUAGAUAGAUAUCAAUGCACCAUCUGCUAAGGGAUCCCUGGAUAAGAGUUUGGACCUUCCCUCUUCUCCAGUAAUGAAGCAGGCCUGCAAAAAGCAAACGCUAUUAGAGAGCUCAUGUCAUAUGAAGAUGUACGAAGAAGCUCCAGAUAGAAUCCUGAACAAACCUUGCAGGUGCUUCAGUAGAUCUUGGAAGAAUUAACUCUCUGAAGAACAAUGUCAGCAGAUAUUGCUGAUGUGAAAAAGACCACUGCAGCUUCUCAAACAAGCCUAUGAAGGAGAGUGGGGCAAGUUGAGGCCCAUGUGUCUGCACUGGAGGACUCUGUAACAGCCAAUAACGCCUCCUCAAAUCAGCAGAUGCAGAGAAUUAGAGUCCUACAGGAGAGAGUGGACUAUCAGCAGGGCAGAACAAGAUAUAAUUUUGGUUGCCUUUCUGGAGAGCUUUGAGUCUAUUGAAUUCCUAAAUAAGGCUGCCUGAAUUCUUAAAACUCCCUUCAGGAACUGAUUUUGAAAUUGAGAGGGAGCACCGUUUCUUAGCCCCGAAGCCCACAGCAGAUGUGAGACCACAACCUUUCCUCAUAUUUUAAUAAUGAAGUUUUUAAAAUGUGGCACCAGACAGUUCAAUAAGGCCAUGGAAAUGAACAUACAAGGCCGAUGCUGUACUACAUUUCAUUUCCGGCCACAUUUCAGAUUAAGGUUGAAGGAUAAUGCCAUAGUUUUGGCACAGCAACAGAAGCUAAGAUAUGUAUGGACUUUCUUCUGGUCAGCAACCUGGAGACCGAUCCUUUCUUUUACACUUCAAGGCAUAGACUGGUCCUUAUUUUGCUCCACCCCCAAUGUCUGUACUUAAGAUAGAAGGAAGAUGUUUUUUGCUUGGUCUGUUUUACUGGAAACAAUUUUUGAGGCUGCUUUUUCCUUAAGACUUCUGCCUCCCUCACUGAGUAUAUAAGAAGUCAAGGUCUAUAAAACUGCACCUGGAAUUACCAAUACCAGUGG